AAGAGACUUGGCGGAGACAACUGCCACUCUUCCUGGUCAACUCUUCAUUUACCUCGUCUUUUUCAGCUACAUUUCUUACUUCACACAUUUCAGUCAAAAGGAAUCAUUGUGUUCGCACAUUAAUAUCCGUCAACAUGAAGCUCGUUCGGUUUCUGAUGAAAUGCGCCAAUGAAACGGUGACAAUUGAACUGAAGAAUGGCACAAUCCUCCACGGCACCAUCACCUCCGUCUCUCCUCAGAUGAACACCUCUCUGCGCACCGUCAAGAUGACACCCAAGGGCCGCGAUCCCAUCUCCCUAGACACGAUCAACAUCCGCGGCUCCACGAUCCGGUACUACAUUCUCCCCGACAGCUUGCCCCUGGAUACCCUUCUCGUGGACGACCAGCCGAAACCCAAGAACAAGGCGCGCAAGGAGACGGAUCGGGGCCGCGGUCGUGGCGGUGGUGGUCCGCGGGGAGGUAGAGGCGGCCGGGGACGGGCCGGGUCGGGGACGCGGUUUCUAGACGGGCAACUGUGGCUAGGUUCUUUUCCGUCUAUGGCUUCGGGAGUUUACUUGUUUUCUUUUCUUGUUCGUGAUAUGUUUGGGUGAUAUUCUCUUCUUUAUGCUCUUGUUGAUGAUGGGCGAAGAAAAGCAAUAAUCUACGACUUUUCCGUUGAGCUUCUUGGUUGAGUGGGGAAGACGGCCCAGCAAGCAGAAUGGUGACCGUGGAUCCGAGGGCAGAUAGACAAGGAUGACUUCCUGCUAUGCUCUUGUGAAUGGUGUUACAUAGGAUGUCUGUGAAGACCGGCGAGAGUCUCAUCUGGGCACUUGGCAACGAGGCCAAUCUGGUCGAGGAUGUCAGCGGACACAGGUCAGACGAAUAAGAUGUGUGGUGACCAGAUAGCUACGGCAUGUCAUGGGAAGGUACGAGCAGUGCCUCACACCUGUACCUACAUCAAUUCAAUCGACAUUGAAUCAAAAUCAAGG